AGUGCAAAACAAUCAUAAUCACAUAAACAAUGAUUUUUCUUAUAUUAUUCUUUUUGUGUUGUGUUAACAUUUCUGUGUCCCAAAUGGAUUAUAAUGCUGCUAUUGAAGAGGAAGUCAGCAAACAAGUUUCUCCUCUUUGGACAAAAUAUUUUGAAAUGGAGGCCAAAAAUGUGGAAAACCAGAAAACAAUUAGUGACCUGCAAAAGGAAAUUCUUGCCCUGAAAAAGGAGAACAAAUUUAAGACUUCUGAAAUUUACAAACUAAAUCAGUGGUUUAAGCAUCAAAUGACAACAACCCGAGAGAGAAAAUUGCCAUCUCAAGAUGUCUGCCAUUAUGUAACUGAACACUGUCCUUCCAAAUCCAGACAAGACAGACAGACUAGUCACUAUGUGGCCUUCAGUGCCUACAUUGACAACUUGGGUGGAAAUAAUCAUGUCGGGAACAAGCUCCUAUACAACAAUGUACUCGGAAACUAUGGAAACGGCUAUAACAGCAGCAGUGGAAUUUUCACGGCACCGUCCGAUGGGAUCUAUGCAUUUCUCUGGGUCACCGCAGUUCGUCAUGACAACUGGUGCAGUACCAGGAUGUUAAAAAACGGCUUUAUCCUGAGUAUGACCUCCUCUAGUGCCAAGGCCACUGGUUCCAACUCUAUCGAGAGUGGUUCAGGAACCGGAUUUCUCAUAACCUACAUGAACCAAGGUGACACGGCUUUUGUGGAAAUGAACAAUCCCCACGGGGAAACAUGCAAUAUUGUCAGCAAUGCCAGGGCAUUAACCACCUUCUCUGGGUGGCAGAUUACUAGAAUCUGAUUUCUUAAGCCAUCACACAUGUAAUUUAAUUAAAUAAAUUACUUGUGUAUUGAGAUAUAAAA